UUUCCGGCAUAAGCUGCGUCAUUUCCGGCUUGACACUGGCGGGACUUCUCCACAUGCUAGGUGAAGAGUUGGUUGUUUACAGAGCUUCAAAAGUUGUUUUAACGAGCUACCGCUUAUAAACGUAAACACCAUGAUGGCUACAAACGGAAAAGAAGCAUGUGGGUUAAACGGCGACGUGCCAUCGGUGUCUUCAAAUGGCAGCAGCGACGCUUUUACGAACAAGUCACACUCAUUUGUGGUAAACGGAGCCGCCGCCGAGGCAUCCUCUCACUCCAAGCUGCAGAACGGAGGAGCCGGGCGGGAUGAGAGGUUCACCUUCAGCUCCCAGCCAACCAUUGAGGACAUUAGGCGAAUGCAAGCGGAGUUCACGGACGAGCGGAACUGGAACCAAUUCCACCAGCCCCGCAACCUGCUGCUGGCCAUGGUCGGAGAGGUGGGCGAGGUGUCUGAGCUCUUCCAGUGGCGUGGAGAGGUGGCCGAGGGUCUACCCGACUGGACCGAAUCGGAGCGGGAGCACCUGGCGCACGAACUCAGCGACGUGAUGAUCUACCUGGUGGAGCUCGCCGAGAAGUGUCACGUCGAUCUUCCCCAAGCGGUGCUCCGUAAAAUGGCCCUAAACCGACAGAAAUACCCCGCCAGCAAAGUGCACGGAUCGGCCAAAAAGUACACUGAAUACAAGGACUGAGUUUGGGUGUCUGUGGACUCUGGAUGCUGCAGUUUUAACUGUGGCCUGCUGCUGAACAUUUAAUCCCUGGGUGAAAUGUCUUUUUUUCUGGGUUGACUUGUUACUCAACUUUAAGAUUGCUCUUAACUUUUGUGUAUUUUCUGUGAUCCAC